ACUGGCCCAGGGCGCCCGUGCGCUCUAAGGUGGACCAGCAAAUUCUGUUUAUCAGAACAUUUCCACUGCUGCACCUGAGGGCACACACAUCUUCAGCGGGACUUGGAAUUCCAGAGAAUUGCCUUUGUGAGAAACUGGCAAUAAUUUCUUUAAAUUCCAUCUCUUAGUUUUCCAUUUUGUUACAUUUCAGAGGAACUUCAAGAAACCAUGAACAGCUUUAGUAAUGCAGAUUUAGACUGCCAUUUCCUCAAUGAAGGCUUUACUGCCAAGGAUAUUCUGGACCAAAAAAUUAAUGAAGUUUCGUCUUCUGACGAUAAGGAUGCCUUCUAUGUCGCCGACCAGGGAGACAUUUUAAAUAAACAUCUGAGAUGGUUAAAAGCUCUUCCUCGGGUCACCCCCUUUUAUGCAGUCAAAUGCAAUGAUAGCAGAACCAUAGUGAAGACCCUUGCUACCACUGGGACAGGAUUUGACUGUGCCAGCAAGACUGAGAUACAAUUGGUACACAGUCUUGGGGUGCCUCCAGAGAGGAUUAUCUAUGCAAAUCCUUGCAAACAAGUGUCUCGGAUUAAGUAUGCUGCCAAUAAUGGAGUCCAGAUGAUGACUUUUGAUAGUGAAGUUGAACUGAUGAAAGUUGCCAGGGCGCAUCCAAAGGCCAAGUUGGUUUUGCGGAUUGCCACCGAUGAUUACAAAGCAGUCUGUCGCCUCAGUGUUAAAUUUGGUGCCACACUCAAAAUCAGCAGGCUUCUUUUGGAACGGGCGAGAGAGCUAAAUAUUGUUGUCAUUGGUGUCAGCUUCCACAUGGGAAGUGGCUGCACGGAUCCUGAGACCUUUGUGCAAGCCAUCUCUGAUGCCUGCUGUGUCUUUGACAUGGGAGCUCAGGUUGGUUUCAGCAUGUAUUUGCUUGAUAUCAGUGGUGGUUUUCCUGGAUCUGAGGAUGUGAAGCUUAAAUUUGAAGAGAUCACCAGUGUGAUCAACCCAGCCCUGGACAAGUACUUCCUGGCCGACUCGGGGGUGAGAAUCAUAGUGGAGCCCAGCAGAUACUAUGUUGCCUCAGCCUUCACGCUCACAGUGAACAUCAUUGCCAAAAAACUCGUAUUAAAGGAACAGACAGGCUCUGAUGAUGAAGAUGAGUCGAGUGAACAAACCUUUAUGUAUUACAUGAACGAUGGAGUGUAUGGAUCAUUUAAUUGCAUCCUCUAUGAUCAUGCCCACGUGAAGCCCCUUCUGCAGAAGAGACCCAAACCAGAUGAGAAGUACUAUUCAACCAGCAUAUGGGGACCAACAUGUGACGGCCUGGAUCGCACUGUCGAGCACUGCGACUUGCCCGAGAUGCACGUGGGCGAUUGGAUGGUCUUUGAAAACAUGGGUGCUUACAUGGUUGCUGCUGCUUCUACUUUCAACGGGUUCCAGAGGCUGACUAUCUACUAUGUGAUGUCGGGGCCAACAUGGCAACUGAUGCAGCAGAUCCAGAACCACGACUUCCCGGCCGAAGUGGUGGAGCAGGACGUCGGCACCCUGCCUGUGUCCUGUGCCUGGGAGAGUGGGCUGAAGCGCCCCCCGGCUGCCUGUGCCUCCGCCAGCAUCAACGUGUAGGUGCCACUCCUGUAGCUGUUACCUUCGAGUUUAGCUUGAAUUGGGGGACUUGGGGGGACCGUUUAACUUAAUUCUUGCUAGUUUUGAAAUGUCUGUAAGUAGGGUUGGCAUGGAUGCAACAGUAUGGAAGACUAGAAGAUGGGGUCACUUUAUCUGUGUUCCUAUGGAAACUAUUUGCAUAUUUGUUUUAUAUGGAUUUUUAUUCAGUUUUUAGACACGCUACUAAGGCGCGCCCCCCGCCACUGAGCAAGCGUUUGUAGCUUGAACACUGCAGGGCGGGCCAGAAGCUUAGUGUUGUGACCUGUUUUAAAAAUAAAGUAUCUUG